GGACCCUUUGCACCUCCUGACCGUCUUCGUCUUUCCUACUACUUACCUAAGGUACAUCAUGUAGACAGUCUAGCUGAUACCAAGCACUCCAACCUCAGCCUCAACCACCAACAAAGGUGCCUCGCGAGGGAAUGUACAGCGCCUCACUCUAAAUAUCCAGCCAUAGCAAGCACAUCAACCAUCAAGAACGGACAGGCGGCGGCGAACGGUAUUCAUAUUGUCAAUCUGACCUUCGACCACCCGCGGAUCCAUUCCUCCCUCAUUUCUUUGGGCGGCGCUGCCUUGGCGGCGUGGCUUGUUGUACUUGGCGUAGCGCAGAUCCAUCCCCUCGAAUCCCUGCACCUGCACUUGCAUCGGGAGACGACUAGCAGAUUGCAAAAGGCGAAGGAAGCGAAGAAGCGAAAGAAAGCUCGCGAACCCUGA